GGGAAAUGGGACAUUGUGGUGAAUGGAUGGAGUGAUUCAUGGAGGGGCUUCAGAAUCUGAUGGUGAAGGAAACAUGACGCUUAGAGAAAUCUCCAGGAAUGUGGACUCUGUUUCCUUCUCAGACACCCUUCCACGGCCCACCCUCUGGGCCAUCCCAAGUCCUGUGGUCCUCGGGGGAGCAGAUGUGACCCUUAGGUGCCAAGGUCACCUGGGGAGUGACCGAUUCCAGCUCUGGAAGGAUGGAGAGCUCAGAAAUGAGAGAAAUGCAUCCUGGCAGCAGGCAGAGUUCAUGUUCAGGAAUGUGGAUGACUGGAGAGAUGCGAGAAGCUACAGCUGCCGCUCUGGGCAGGGACCCUGGUGGUCAGAGCUCAGUGAAGCCUUGGCCCUGGUGGUGACAGGAGCCCUCCCCAAACCCUCCAUUUCAUCCUCGCAUUGCUCCACAAUAUCCCCAGGGACAACAGUGACCAUCUGGUGCCAAAUAUCAUCACAGGCUCCCCCUCAGGACUACAGUUUAGCCCUGCUGGAGGCAAAAAGCCUGGAACCUUUGCAGCGACAGAGCCCUGCAGGGACAUGGGCUGUUUUCUCACUUCUGUCUGUGAGGCCCGAGGACACUGGGAGCUACAGCUGUAUUUACUACAAGAAGACAGCCCCACACAGAGGGUCCCAUCCCAGCCAGGCCCUGGAGCUGACUGUGCUUGAGGUGACUUUCACUCUGUGGAAGGCUGGAACCCAGGGGCCCUUACAGCAGCAGACCUCAGCAGAUCUCUGGACUAGCUUUCUGCUCCCAUCUGUGAGACCUGAGGACACUGGGAGCUACAGCUGUACCUACUGGAAAAGGAGAGCGUCUGCUAGAGGAUCAGAGCCCAGUGAGGCCCUGGAGCUGCUGGUGCCAGGCUCUCUGCCCAAGCCUUCCCUCUCAGCCAUCCCAGGCCUUGUGGUGGAGCCCGGGAUGCAUGUCACUCUCCAGUGCCGGCAGCCCCCUCAGACAUUCCUCAGAGCUGUGACUUUCGUUCUGCUGAAGGUGGGGACCCCCCAGCCCCUGCAGAGCCAGAGCCCAGCUGGGACCUCGGCUGACUUUCCCCUGCUCUCUGUGAGGGCCCAGGAUGCUGGCGACUACAGCUGUGUCUACCACAGGAGGAUGGCUCCACACCAGGUGUCUGAGCCCAGCGAGGUCCUUGAGAUCUGGGUGACAGGUGAGGAGUCGUCUGUGGUCUCCAGGAAACAUCAGAGGAAUGAAAAUCCAGCCUUGAGACUCAUCCAGGGAAGUCAAGGGGAAGGCAGUGCAAGGAAGCUACUGAUGCGAGCACUGUUAAGAAACCGAAGCUUGGGCCCCCAAGAUUAACUGUGGGAACACAGAGGAGAUGUGGCCACUUCAGCUAAUGCUCCAUGAUGCAGAAUCCUUGUCAGUCAAUAAGCAUCUAUUAAGGGCUCACUUAUUUGCAGGCACUGGGCUAAUCCCUGGGGAUACAAAGAAAUGCCGAAGACAGUCCCUGCCCUCAAGCAGCUCACACUAAUGGAGGAGACAUGUAAAAAUUCUUAUACCUACAGGAUAUAGACAUGGAAGGUGGGCGGUCAUUUCAGAGAGGAGGCUCUAGCAUACCUGGGAAUGGCCUCCUGCAGAAAGAGGGAUCUUACCCGAGGCCUGAGGAAGACCAGAGGAGGAGCUCCAGUGUGAUCCUGUCCCAUACCAAGCUGUCCAGAGUUGAAGUCAAAUUCUGUCCAAAAGGAUCAUACUGUGGGGAGUCUCAUACAAAUUGGCUUGGCCACGCUGGUCCUUGUAACCCUGGGGAUCAUCCUGGGUGAAGCCUGGAGUAGCUGGAGGAGGAGUGAGGGCACAACUCU